CAACACAAGACGGCAACAUGAACACACGUCUGGUGUGUUAUAUCAAUGGACAAAAGAUUGUAAAAGAGAAUGUUAGACCAGAGACAACUCUGCUUCAGUUCCUAAGACAAGAGUUAUGUCUGUCUGGUACCAAGUUGGCUUGCGGAGAUGGAGGUUGUGGGUCUUGUACCGUGAUGGUCUCGAGCUACAAUCCCAGCAGCAAACUAAUAAGACACUACAGUGUGAAUGCCUGUCUGAUGCCUCUGGUAGCUGUUCAUGGUUUAGCUGUUACAACGGUAGAGGGGAUAGGUAGCACAAAAACUAAAUUACACCCUGUACAGGAGCGUCUGGCAAAGGCAUAUGGCACACAAUGUGGAUUUUGUUCUCCUGGGUUUGUGAUGUCAAUGUACACAUUACUACGUAAUUACCCAGAGCCCUCCAUGGCUCAGAUAGAGACUGCAUUCCAAGGUAAUCUCUGUAGGUGCACUGGCUACAGAGCCAUCCUGGCUGGAUUCAGAAGCUUUAGCAAGGAGUGGAGGUGCCAAGAAGGAGAGAAUUGUUGCCAAAUCCAGAAUUUGUCUGUCGACGGUGACAUUAAGGUUUGUUCAAAAACAUUUGAUGCUAGUGAGUUUGCUGUGUAUGACCCGACACAGGAUCCUAUCUUCCCUAGUGAACUACAAUUGGAUGCAACCUUCCAAACACAGAGUUUAUGUUUCAAGAGUCAAAAUGUGGACUGGUAUAGACCUCGACACCUUGAUGAAGUGAGUCAGCUGAAGCAACAAUAUCCCGAUGCAGUAUAUACAGUUGGGGCAACAAGUAUAGGAAAAUACAUACGCAAUAGUCAAAGUAAAAUUGUGGUAAUUUGUCUGACUAAUGUGGAAGGUCUUGACAACAUUACAACAACUGAUACAUGUAUCAAGGCGGGGGCAACAGUCACACUUGCAUCGCUGUUUGAAUAUAUUGAAAUGCAGGCUUCGAAAUCAGAAGGUAAUCAAAAGGCUGGUUUUGAGUGUUUCUUAGACAUGCUUCAUCAAGUUGGUGGACAUCAGCUAAGGAAUGUUGCUAGCAUUGGCAGCAAUAUUGCAAGCGGAGGACCAACAUCUGACAUCUGCACGAUGAUGACAGCUAUUGGAGCAACAGUGGAUGUAUACAAUGUUUUAGACAAGUCUACUAAGACUAAAGAUGUGUUUGGGCUUCAUAAAGAAGAUGGGAAGUCUAGUUUAGAACCACAUGAAUUGAUUUCUGGUGUGUAUAUUCCGUAUAUGAAACAGAAUGAAUAUGUAUAUUGGCACAAACAUGCAGAAAGAACCGACUUGGCCAGUGCCACAGUGAAUUCUGCAAUGAAGGUGAAGUUUAAUCCUGAUACAAACAGCAUAAAGGAUUUGGUUCUGUGCUAUGGUGGUAUUGAUAAUAAAAGUGUGAUUGCUACUCAAGUGAGGGAAAAGACGAGAGAAAAAGAAUGGACACAAGACUUAGUGUCAUUUGUGUGUGGACUCCUUGGAGAUGACCUUGAUGUAACAUGGUCCUCUGUUGGUGGAAGCACUAACUACAAGAGGUCCUUGACUGCCAACAUUUUUCUGAAGUUUUUCAUUAAAGUUCAGUCGAGUCUUCAAAAUGCAGAGAGUGAAAUCAUUCAUGAUUUUUCAAGUGUAAGACAUAAACCACUAAGUAGUGGAAGCCAGAUAUUUGAGACUUUACCCAUGGGCCAGAAUGGAAUUGAUUAUGUUGGCCAACCGGUCCUGCAUAAAUCUGCCUACCAACAGGCGACUGGUGAAGCUGUGUUCUGUGAUGACAUCCCUACAUACAACAAUGAACUUCACAUUGCUCUGGUAACUGGAACCAAAGCCCAUGCUAAGAUACUCAGUAUUGAUGCGUCUAAGGCAGAGAACAUGCCUGGUGUUAAAGGCUUCCUCAGUUACAAGGACAUACCUAACCCAGUUAAUAUACCAAGAACAACCACAACAGAAGGCAUCUUUGCGAAUGAAAAGGUAUUGUACCAUGGACACGCUAUCGGUGCUAUUGUAGCCGAUACCCUUGAGCAAGCCGUGGCCGCUAGGCAACAUGUACAUGUAGAAUAUGAGGACCUACCUGCUGUCAUCAAACUAGAGACGGCUAUUCGUGAGAAACGCUACCUUCCAAAUCCAAAGGUUUUAGAAGUGGGAGAUAUAGAGGCGGGCUUCAAAGAAGCUGAUUUGGUGUUUGAAGGACAUAUUUCAAUGGGGUCGCAAGAACAUUUCUACAUGGAGCCAAAUUCCUGUAUUGCUGUCCCUAUUGGAGAGGCCGGGGAAGUUGAUAUCACCACAGCAACACAGAGUUUGAAUACAGCACAGGAAAGUAUCAGCCAAAUGCUUGGUGUUCCUAAGAAUCGUGUCCGAUGUCAUGUAAAGAGAAUUGGUGGUGGGUUUGGAGGAAAGGGAAUGUGUGCUGAGAAAUUCUCUACAGUUGCUGCAUUAGCGGCCACCAAAUUCAAUAGGCCGGCGCGCCUUAUUCUUGAUCGUCAAACAGACAUGUGUGCAACUGGAAAAAGGAGCAGAAUGUACGCCAAAUAUAAGGUUGGGUGCAGUAACGAAGGCAAGAUACUUGCACAUGAAAUCGAAGUUUACGAAGAUGGAGGCUUCUUUGGUUCAUUUCUUGAAUUUGGAAUGGAUUUCCAACUGCUUGUUCUUAUAUGUGAGCAAGGGUAUUCGUUCAACAAUGUGAAGGUCACAGGCUUCACGUGUGAAACAAACACCCAGUUUGGUGCAGCAGUGAGAGGGUAUAUUACCAUACCGCCACUGGUCAUCACUCAAGCUCUGGUAAACGAUGUUGCAUUUAGGCUAGGAUUACCCAUCGAGCAAGUACACAAGAUUAAUAUGCUAAAACAUGGGGACCAGACGCCACUUGGACGUGAAUUACCUGAUGCACACACUCUGCACACUUGUUGGCAGAGAUGUUGGGAGAGUAGCAAUUAUGUAGAGAAAAAGAAAAUGGUUGAAGAGUUCAAUAAGAAAUCCAAGUGGAACAAAAGAGGAUUAUACAUAGCUCCCAUAACUAGAAAUGUCGGUUCACCUGUAUACGCCUGGUCUCAGGGUGCGGCUCUUGUGAACAUCUAUACUGAUGGCUCUGUAUGGGUGAACCAUGGCGGCAUUGAAAUGGGCCAAGGACUCCAUACAAAACUAAUACAGGUUGCAAGUAAAGUGCUUGAAGUACCACAAGAUGUUAUCCACAUUACAGAAACAACAACGGACUGUGUCCCUAAUGCAAUGCCCACAAUAGAAAGCAUGGGAACAGAUUUGUUUGGUAUGGCAGUUAAGCGUGCUUGUGAGAAGUUAGUUACGAGACUUGCUCCUUACGAAGCAAGCAAUCCAAAUGGCAAAUGGAAAGAUUGGGUUCUAGCAGCUUACAAUGAUUGUACGAGCCUUUCUGCAACAGGAUUCUACCAUCACCCUAAGGAGAACAACUGGGAGUUGGAAAAACCACGCGAGGGAAACUUCAAUAUUUACUACACAUACGGGGCAGUUGCAGUAGAGGUUGAAAUAGACUGCCUCACUGGGGCACAUAGGGUUAUUCAAGUGGAUGGUGUGAUGGACUUUGGUAGAAGUUUGAACCCAACCAUAGAUAUAGGACAGAUGGAAGGAGCUUUCAUGAUGGGAUAUGGAUGUUUUGUAUCAGAACAAAUAGUAUAUGAUGACGAGGGUAGACUACUUACUAAUGAUGCAACUACAUACAAGAUACCUGGUGUCAGGGAUAUACCCACAAAGUUCAACAUGCAGAUUUUAACAAGUCAUAGUGAUGAAGCAGUACUUUAUGGGUCUAAGGGAGUUGGGGAGCCCCCUCUACACAUGAGUAUUGCUGUGAUGUUUGCCAUCAAGGAUGCCAUAGCAGCAGCCCGCAAAGAUGCAGGAAUAGAAGAACCCUUCCAACUUAACAGUCCAGCUAAUGCAGAACAAAUUCACACUUUAUGCUCAACUAAGAUAAUUUGAUGGUCACUUGAUUCAUAAGCGCAAGAUAGGACAUGAACAUAAAAUGAGACACUGUGUUGUUCAGACUAUAAUGUCAUUAUAAUGUUACUUAAUGUAACUAUUUUACUACU